GUGAUGGUUCUCUAGGCGAUAGUUCUCUAAGCAAUAGUUUUUUAGGCAAUGGUUCUUUAGGCGAUGGUUCUCUAGGUGAUAGUUCUCUAGGCGAUAGUUCUCUAGGUGAUAAUGAUGAUUCUCUAGAUGAUGGUUCUCUAGAUGAUGGUUCUCUAGAUAAUA